GGGUCGUCGGGGGAAGAAGAUGGCGGCGCGGGGAAGGGGUCGGGUCGGAGGUGGAGGCGGUGAUGGCAUUGACGGAAAGGUGGAACGGGGGUCGGGGCGCCCGGAGUCGGAGCUGCUGCUGCACCCGGAGCUGCUCUCGGAGGAGUUCCUGCUGCUCACCCUGGAGCAGAAAAAUAUACUAGUUGAAAAUGAUGUAAAGAUGGAUAAAGAUGGUCUCACUGAUCUCUAUAUUCAACAUGCCAUUCCUCUGCCUCAGCGUGACUUGCCAAAAAGUAGAUGGGGAAAAAUGAUGGAGAAGAAAAGACAGCAAAAUGAGUCUAAAAGUGAGAAUAAAAGUGUUACAACGGUAGAAGGUUUAAGGAAACGGCCAUUAAUUGUAUUUGAUGGCAGUUCAACAAGUACAAGCAUAAAGGUGAAAAAGACAGAAAAUGGAGCUGCUGAUCGCCUAAAGCCUCCUCCAGCUGGAAGCACCACCAACACUGUUAGAAGGUUAUCUAUUCCUCCGAAUGCCUCAACGUACAUUUCAGCCUCCAGUUUAUCAGAGGACGCUAAGCUGGGAAUGAGGAAUAAUGAGACUAAGCAGAACACUAUUUCAAAGACUAACAGCAGUAUGUUGGCUAGUCUGAAGGUGUACCCGUUGUCUCCGGUAUCAGGAACUACUGUUGUGAAGUUAAAGAGAGCUGUUCCAAAAGAAGAAUCUGAUUUGCCGAAUGACCUAAAGCCUACGGAAGCAAAGAAGAAAAUCCAGCAUGUUACAUGGCCAUGAAGUAGCUAAUGGUGCUUGAAACAUAAGUAUUACUUCCAUAUUUUCAAACAGAUAAGUCGUAUUUAAACAGUUGAAGUACAACUCUUUUUAAACCUUACAGGGAUUCAGAUUGCUGUGAAGUUUUAACGACUUUAAAAGUUCCCUGUUGUAACGCUGGAGUCAUUAUCACCAGUCACCUUAAAAGUGUCUACUUAUAUACACCAAGUAGCUCAGUAUUUCUUUAAAAGGUGGUAAUAUUACAAUGUUCUACUACGAGCCCACUCCCUUUUUUUUUAGUGUUGAAGAUUAUUGUAGUUCAUCUCCAGCAUGUCAUUCCGAUUCACACUAUCUUUGUUUCAGUAAAAUUCAGUUUUGUUCCACUUAUGGUCAAAUAACUAAAGUAGCUAUUGAAAUUCAGAAUCAUCCCAAGAGCCUUCUUGACAUUAAAAAGAUCAUAGAAUAGUUAGGAUUGGAAAGGACCUCAAGAUCAUCUAGUUCCAACCCCUGUGCCAGGGGCAGGGACACCCCACACUAAACCAUAUCACCCAAGGCUUCA